GCGAAGGCGUACGCUACCACAAUGAAGAAAAGCACUCGCUGCCCAAUUCAGGAACCUUCAGUGCACUUUGGAUAGGCUAUACCACUUUCAAGAUGCGGGACCCGCAUGAGCGGACGGCACGGGAUCUUUGCAGUCUUUUUCUAACUUAUUAUGCUGCAUUAUUAGGUGGUAUUGGGAUUUUUGGUGCGGGGGCCCACACGCUUUCCAAUGCAAGCCCAAAGGACGUCCCGUUCUAUAGGUCGCUUAUGAAUACGCAAUGCUACAGCGCUCUUACAGAAACAAUUCAGGAGGCUUUGGCUGAUAAGAAUCAUGCGUGGAUGAACAAUGAAUUUUGUGUUGCACUUGUCCGAGGACACGCGAAGAUCUACCCUCAACAUUACCAGCAACUUAUUUUCGAGGAAAACAAGGGAGUUGGAUACACGACUCGUUACGAAAAUUGCUUUGGAAGUAGAGAAGAACUGACAGCACUUUCUGCCGCGAUUCACGGAUGUGGAGGACAUCAAAUGGGCGCUGGUAGGUUGUUUUGUCAGUGUCUGCGCGGUCUGAUGAAACAUCUGGUGUUCUUGAAGGAUCACUCUGUUUUGGUGACGCUAGAAGCCUCCAGUUUUGCUAGGGGCUAUGGGGAUUACGACUCUGACCCUCGGUACAGUCCUGAUUUUGUUGAGAUGAUGGUUGUCCAACCGUCCAAUGACACAAAGUGA